AUGAGCAGCGCCACCGAAGACAGUGACGGAGCAUUGAUCUCCAUGCACAACGAGAAGAAGAAGCGUCGCCGCCAGAAAAGCAAGAUCACCAAGCCCCUCUCGGACCUGGGCAUUUACACUCGCGGCUACAAGUGGCAUAGCUUCUCCUCCCUGGAGAGCAGAAAAUAUAACCACGUGUACUCGUUCGCCGAACGUGCCUUUGAGAGUAUCUGCCAGAACCACGACAACAAGGUCUCGCUCGAGGCUCACAAUCGGAAGUAUCUCACUCGUGUGUACCCCUCGGGCUUCCGUCUUCGUUCUUCCAACUUUGACCCGAACAAGUUCUGGCGCCGCGGUGUUCAGAUGGCGGCGCUCAAUUGGCAGACCUACGACAUCGGUAUGCAGAUGAACCAAGCCAUGUUCGCCGCUGGAUCUGAUCGUACCGGUUACGUCCUUAAGCCUGAGAGCCUCCGUCUCCCAAGGCUAGAGAGUGACGGCCCGAAGCGAAAGAUGGAGCGAAGACUGGUUCGAUUUGCAGUUGACGUGAUCUCGGCGCAGCAGCUCCCGCGACCUCGCACUCUUGGCCCCGAGGACAGUAUCAACCCCUAUGUUGAGAUUGAGAUGUUCAGUGCUGAUGACCGCGGUCAAAGCCUGGUUUUUGGCGAGGGCGGCAUGGAUGCUUCUGCACGGAGUGGUAUGUCCGGCAUUGGAUAUCCGCACCGUCGACGCACCAAGAUUGAGCCAAGCAACGGCUACAGCCCUGUCUUCAAUGACCGUUUCAAGCUGUCCUUGGAGACCAAGUAUCCCGAUCUGGUCUUUGUCCGAUGGACCGUCUGGAGCUCCCUGGAUGGCCGCAGCGCCGGGAACAGCAACAGCGUGCAACUGGCUACUUUUACUGCUAAGCUCACCAGCCUCUCUCAGGGUUAUCGCUACCUGCCUCUGUACGACGGCAGCGGUGACCAGUACCUUUUCUCGACAUUGUUCUGCCGCAUCUCCAAGGAGGAUCCUGUUCCUGUUCAACGCCUUGACCUGGAGGAGCUCCGAGCCGAGCGCCUGGGUAUCUUCCGCCAGAUUGGCCAGUCUGUCUUCAAGCGUUCCUCGUCUACGGACCGUGAAAAGGACCAUUAUGCGGAUCGCAGUGAGCCUAUCAGUCCCGAAGACAAGGAUAGCUCUCCAAAUCUCACUCCGACCGUCUCCACUACAUCCACCUCUUCAUUCCUGCAAUGA